AGAGAAAAAGGAGUAAAAGAAAGAGGUCUGUAUUGUGAGCGGGGGCAGCCUUGUGGCUAGCUCCUGUUGCUGUAUCUGUAGGCCACAGGAAGGGAGUCCUGAAGAGCUAUCGUGUCCUGCUCUGCUAACAGGAGUAACCUCACGCUAGUGUCUGCUACGGGAACUGGAGGCCACUGUAAAGGAAAAAGAAAGUAAUUCGUAGUGGGAGAAAAAGACUGAGAUGUGUGGGCCUGUGUUGCAGGCGGAGGCAGCCUCGUGCUUGCUCCUGCUGCUGUAGGUUACCUGGACAUUCCAGCGUGUCCCACCAAAUGUUACGGUGUAGCCGAUUUAGCCAUUUAUUGCUGGAUGGGUUGGGCUAGCCACUAGCCUAGCUACUUCAGCAACGAAUGUACUGUUUUUUUUUUUUUUUGUUUUUUUUUUAAUUGUGAUCGAAUUAUCCACGAAACAAAAUAAAUUUGACCAUUGCUCUGUGUAAAUUGAGUAUGGCACUGUAAAAACACUUCCAUAAAAUAAACCGGCAGCUGUGGUUGCCGGAAUUGUACCGUAAAUAACACGGUAGCAACAUUUAAGUUUUACAGUUUUGACUUGAAUUUACAGUCAAAAAUACCGUAAUUUCAUUAACUGAUAUAAUGUUAAUAAACCAACUUAUUGAAGUACUGAAAUAUGUUUUGUACCUUUGAAAUACAUUGAUAACCACCAAAUGCAGGUGGUGAUGAGAAAGUCAGGUGAUGCACCAAAGCCCAUUACAGGCAGCUUUUAAAUAACAUAUAUAGAUGGUGCACAGUAUCAUUCACGCAAGCAUUAAACAUCAUGGUGAGACUCAUUAAAUUGAAAUUUGCAAUAAACAUUCGUUUAACAACAUUAGAUGUAACAGACAACCUUAAUAAACAUAACUGAUAAGAUUUGAAAUGCAAUGCGGGGAAUUCUGGGAACAUUGUUUACGGUUUUCCCUGCAAAUUUUAUAUUCUUUUUCACUUCCAAGAUGGCAUUUGUCUUUAAAAUUGUCUGAAAUGUCUAUUACAGUUUUUUACCGUAUAUAUUAGGGGAACUUCCCGUUACCGUUAACAGGUUUUCCUGUAGCAUUUUAACGUUUUUAACCGUUCAUGCUAUUAUGUAUUUGUUUUUAAACAUUUUUACAGUGUGGUAAGAAAUGCAGGUGAAAAAUACGGAAAGUUUAAGUAAUUCUUGUGUGUAUUCUAGGCGCUGUCAUGGUUACAUGGUGACAUUAACAUCCAAUGAUGUCGCGACAUCCUUUAACAACUUAUCAACAAUUACCUGCCUUCAGCGAUUUUACCUGAGAAUUAUUUGGCAACACUGAUGGUUACGCCGCUAGCGUAGGCCGCCUCGCGCUAGCAUCUGGAAACAGAAGCUAGAGGCCCGGCUGCAUACGGCGCUGCGGCCUGGAGAGCCGCGGUGAAGGCUGAGCCGAAGCGGGAAGCGAGUGAGGCUUGCUGCGGUGAGAACUGGGGCGCGGCCCGGCCCAGGCUCGAUGAAGGCCUGCUGCUGCGACCUGACGCUCGCGGGUGUUGGGCGGGACAAUGGUGGUGUCGAGCGAGGCGAGUUCGGGCUUUUCUCGAUCUAUGACUGCUGAAAUGGUUUUUAGGGGCUGGUUUGCGGGGUGGCGAAAAGAUCGUGCAAAUCCGCUUGUUUACCCUCCGAGAAGACGGUGCGUCUGAAUUAAUCAGCGUUUGGCUUAUGUUUAAGAUACGAUCCAAUUCCCGAUCGGAGGAAGAGAGCGUGUGGCUGGUUGAGUUGAGAGCAGUGGCUGGUUGAGUUGAGAGCAGCGGCCGCGACGAAGCCAGGAGCUCGGCGGCCGUGUCUGGGGGAGAAAGACCGAUCCUGGGGCCGGCAGAUUGGCCGGAGGAUCCGAAAAGAUCCCCAGCAUGGGUCUCGUUGUUUGGACGGGAAAAACCGGGUGAAGUAAUGGCAAAAGGUGCAGACCGGAUGCUGAUUAGCCGUCAAUGAAAGGAGUGUCGUUCACUGUAGUGGUUCCUGCUGAUCCUGUAGUGGCUCAUGUGGGAUCCUCAGUGAUUCUGCCCUGCUGGAUCUCUCCUCCUGAGACCGCUGAAGCUCUGGAGAUCCGCUGGUACCGUCACGACUUCAACAACCCUGUUCUGCUCUAUAAUCACAGGAAGAUCCAGGACAUCCAGGAGUGUUUCAGGAACCGAACCUCUUUGUCUCUGCGGUCAGAUCAGUCUGGUGGACUGAAGGAUGGAGACGUCUCUCUGCGGCUGGAGAAACUCACAUUUCAGGAUGAAGGUCCAUUUCACUGUUAUGCGAGUGGAGACACAGUAUAUGACAGCAAAGUGGUAGAUCUCAAAAUCACUGAUCCAUCAGAUCCAUCAGAUCCAUCAGAUCCAUGGAAGGCUCUUUUCUUCACCCUCCUCAUCUGUGCUCUUCUGGGUUUGGUUGCUUUUAUUCUCUACAAAUGCAGAGACAAACUAACAGGAAAGAAACCAGCUGAAGAAAAUUGUGAGGGAACGAUGGAGAAACUGAUAAAAGAAGUUGUGGAAGACAUGACUAUGGAAGAACUGAGGAGACAUGCAGUUGAGAUCAGUAUUGACCGUGAGCGUUCACAUCCAGAUCUGACGGUUUCUAAGGACUGUAAAAUCGUGAGGGACGGUCCAGAAUAUAAUCACACUGGAGAGGGAUUUCCAUAUGAAUUAUGUGCAUUUGGAGCCCAAAGAUUCACCUCUGGUCGUCACUAUUGGGAGGUGGAUCUGGCACGAGACAAUACACCUCCCAAACACUACUGGUUAAUUGGUGUGGUGAAAGAAGGAAGUUCUGCUUCAAAACACAGAUCUGCUGUAACUGCAUCAGCUGGUUUCUGGUUCUUGUGUUCAGACGGUCCUAAUGGCUUUCACAGCAACACUGACCAAUCAAUUAUACUCUCACUGAACCCGAGACCUGAGCGACUGGGAGUUCUGUUAGAUUAUGAUGACGGUCAGCUGUCAUUUUACAACGUCACAGAGAGAAAACAUCACCUGACCAUCAGCAGCAGAUUCUCUGGAUCAGUCGUUCCUCUGUUCAAUCCUGGUGUGGGUGAUGAGAGUCCACUUACAAUCCUGGAUUGUCCAGAACCUGUAGAAUCAGCUGCAGAGUCCAACACAGCAUGUGUAAAGAUGGACGUAUGUCCUCAAAAACACUGAUGUUCACUCAGUCUCAGGGUGUACUCACACUAGGCACAUUUGCCUUGAAGCGAGCCUGAGCAGGUUUGUCCCCACUCCUCCGCUGGACGUGAAUGACCUCUCAAGUCGUAUUUACUGCUGGGAAACUCAGAGAUUAUUUUGAAAGGGCCUACUCAAGUUUCCAAGUUAGGCGGGCCAUACACUUUAAAUAUGUUAGGAGACAACGAUUGCUGCUGUUAAUGCUAUUCUUUAUUAUUUUUAUUUUUUUUAAACAACAACUACAUCACCUUGUCUUGUUGUUAAAGUGGUGCCUAUUCAUAUAUACUCAUUUGCAAGUAGUGUUGUCACGGUACCAAAAUUUCAGUAUUCGGUACCGAUACCAGUGAAAAUCCACGGUUCUCGGUACCAAUUUCGGUACCACAUGCUAAUUUAAAAAAACACACUAUUUUUAAUAAUAAAGUCAAACAAAAAUAAAAUGUAUGAAAAUUGUGUUUCAAGUUUUUCCGCAAAUAAUAAAAGUAUGAAAAACAGUAAACAAGUUUCACCCAAAUUUGAUUUGUUUUUUAAUUAAUUAAAUUUAAACACAUUUUAUUUUUUGGGUAAAUAAAGGGGAUUUACUAUUAAAAUUAAAAUAUGGUGUGAUUUCUUUAAAAAUAAAUAUUUAUAAAAAAAAUUUCAACAGUAGUAAUAGUAUCACAUACAUUCUACUAAAUAAUAGUAAUAUAUUUCUGGCACAAUGUCUUUAAGAUUAACGUUUAUUUUGACGGGUUGCCGUGAAUACCUUUAAAUUUCUGUGUGUAGCUAUAUGAUAUGACGCUGGUUUUACUCAAUGAAACGAUCAAAUGCUCGUGAAGUGACUCUUAGAGCAGUUCUGUAGAUGUUGUUUAUGUAUUUAUGUCCUCAUUGAGACGGCAGAUGCUGAAAUCACCGCGAGCGUCACGCGCACUUCAGUGUAUGUAUUUAAAAAAAACAAAAAAAAAACGCGCGUCUCUGCCUUUCAUUCACUCACAGAGACGCGCAGGAUUCAUAUUUGAACCGACUUUUGCGGCUUAAUAUUUACAGAUACUAGUCCUGUCGCGAUUUGAUUUAAGUGUAAUGACCCACUUUUGAUUAAUUCAUCCAAACUUUGACAGAUUCCGUGACAUUCCGUGCUAAACUAUAAAUUCCGUUUUUAUAACUGGAUUCCGAGAUUCCGUCCGCGUUUUCUGCAUCGCGGAAAUCAUAGGGCCGUACGCGUCAAGAACCGGGCUGACCGGGUACUCGGUACCACCGGUACUUAAAAAAACCUGGUACCGUGACGUUUUCAUUUUUUUAGUACCGACUUGGUACCGAAGUACCGGGUCUUUUGACAACACUAAUUUGCAGCAUAUUUUAUGUAUUAUAAACAGUGAAAUAAGCAUGUAUUUGACUGAAAUUCCAGAAUCAUAUCAAGCUGACUAUCUGGCGUGAUGAAUGCUUAGGUUAUCAAGCAAUAGAAUUUUACAUUGUAUUCUGUCUGACAACAAAUCACUUGAAUGCAGCGAGCUCGUAAUCAUGAGUUCAUACGAGGGAAAUAUGACGUUUCUGACAGCAGGUGAAGACAGCAGAGAAGCCUUCAUGAGUUCAUCGUUUUGUUAACUCUGUGGUUUAUUAUUUUGAGUCGUUUGGGAUGCAGUGACACACGGCCUUAACAGAUCUAUCACUUUCGCCGCUCAGAAAUGUUCAUGCAAUCAACAACGACCACAUGCUUGCUGCACUGAGCUGUGCUCCGGCCCACCUCCUCCAACCGAGCCAGGGCCGGCUAAACCACCCGCGAUCACACUACUCAAACGAACCCGGCUCUGGGGGUCAAACACGCUCGGGCACGGUUCUGAUCGCCUAGUGUGAGUACACCCUCAGUUUGAUUCCCAGUCUAUGUAUUUCUGGUAUUUGGUCAAAGUGUUCAAGUGGUCAUUAAGUGUGUGUAGAACAGGGAUGGACAGCUCAGUGCUGGAGGUUCUCUGUCCUGAGUUUAGCUCUCAAACACACCUGAAGAAUCCAACCAAACCCUGCAGGAUCACCAGAAGAUCACAGGCGGCUGUGUUUGAUUAGGGAUGGAGCUAAACUCUGAACACCAUUAAAAAUAAAGACUCCACAAUAGAGUUUUCACAGUGAGGCCAUAGAAGAACCAUUACUGGUUCCCCAAACAACAUUUCAGUUCAGAGUGAAGAACAGAAAACUGAAGUACCAGAGAAUCUUUUGCUCAAAGGAGGUCCGGUCUUCAGAGCCACCGCUGAGGAGGACCAGAGCCCUCAUUUAUUGACAUGCAACCUGUACACCUGGAGCAUUACUGCACACUUGUCUUGUGUCUUGUGUCAGACCUUUGCUAUUGAGACAGAUUCUUUGCUGUUUGUUUUAAAGCUCUUUUGUGUUUUUGGUGGUAAUUGUGUCUCCCCAUGUGGGAGUUUUAACAUUUGUAUUCAAAACUUGCACAAAAGUAUUCAAAAUGUUUUUUUUUAAAUGUAAACAUAUACAAUUAAAUGUAAUU